GCUUAGUGGCAACUCUCUUCCACAGCUGACAAUUCGGUCUGCUUUUUAUAAAUUUUGCUUUUCCAGCAAAUAAUUCAAAUAAAACAUGCCCGUGGUGAACGUCUCGGCUGCCGAGGAGUACCAGAAGUACAUUGAUGCGGAUAAGACGACAGUGGCGCUAUUCGCCGCCGACUGGGCAGAGCAAUGUGGUCAGGUGAAAGACGCGCUGGAGGAGCUGGCCAAGAUUACUGGCGAAAAACUGCAGUUCAUCAGCCUAAACGCUGAACAAUUCCCGGAGAUUUCCAUGAAGCAUCAGAUCGAAGCCGUGCCCACAGUAAUUUUCUUCGCCAAGGGCUCCGCCGUAGACCGCGUCGAUGGUGUGGACAUUGCCGCCAUUAGCACCAAAUCCAAAAAGUUGGCCGAAAGCGCCAGCAGCGCGGCGGCAACAGGACAAACGCUGGAGGAACGCCUAAAGGCGCUUAUCAAUACGGCUCCGCUGAUGAUCUUCAUGAAGGGCGACCGAAAUGGACCACGUUGCGGAUUCUCCAAGCAGCUCAUUGGCAUUGUAAAUGAAACAAACUUGCCGUACGAGACAUUUGACAUCCUCGGCGACGAAGAAGUGCGACAGGGCCUUAAGACCUACUCAGACUGGCCCACAUAUCCCCAGGUGUACGUCAAGGGUGAACUUAUCGGCGGACUCGACAUUAUCAAGGAACUGCUGGCGAACAAUGAGCUCGAGUCCACGCUCAAGGGCUAAUUCCAUCGGAUUGCAUCUACUUCUACACACACCUUAAACGAGAAACAAAUUUUUUGCUAGAUCCUUCGACUUUUUAAUAGUUCAAUAAAGGAUUUUUGCUAAA